ACAACACGAAGAUCAAACAGUUUCAUAGAUCGAGUGGUUGCUUGCGUUUGCUGUUGCUUAAAGUUUAAAGAUUUGUUUAAAAACAAUUUUUAAAAGGAUACAAACUAAUAAAAAAAUAAUUAAAAUGCGAUCAUUUAUUACUGUUGCAUUCUUGAUAAUGUUUGUUGCAUCAACGUCGGCACUUGGAUUUGGCCUUCUUGGUGGAUACGGCGGUUAUCCAGGUGGAUAUGGCGGCUAUGGAGGCUAUGGAGGAAGCUAUCCCUAUAAUCCCUACUAUGGCGGUGGAUACGGCGGAGGUUAUGGUGGCUAUCCUUAUUAUGGCAGUGGACACGGCGGAGGUUAUGGUGGCUAUCCUUAUUAUGGCGGUUAUGGAAAUUAUGGUGGUUAUAGACCAGGUUAUGGCGGAAUCAGCUCCGGCUAUGGCGGUUAUAGACCAGGCUAUGGUGGAAUCAGCUCAGGAUAUGGAGGUUAUCCAGGCGGAUAUGGUGGAUAUGGAGGAUUAGGUGGACUCGGUUAUGGAGGUUACCGUCCAAAUAUUGGCUACGGCUCUUAUGGCGGCUACGGAGGUGGAUAUUACAAGAAAUAAGUUAAUUAUCUCCAACCAAUCUCUUUUCGAUGGUGACUUCACCUGAUAUUUCAGGUGGUUUAGGUGGAUUCGGAGGGGGAAUAAUCUCUAGAAGUAAUGAUAAUGACUUAAAGAACUAACAAAAAUCUCAUUGUUCGAAUCAAGCCAAAUUGUUGUCUGUUACAUUUAAAUUUUAACAUAUCAGUGCUAACCUGUGACCAUCAACACAUCGUUCCAUCUAAAUGUGAUAAAACGCUAUGAUUAUCCUUUUUAAAAAAAUCAAAAACACAAAUUUAAGCUUUAACAGAUUAUAAAAAUCUGCAUUUAAAUUCUGAAAUUUCCUUAAAUGUUUUCAUACAUCAACUUCUUUUCAUGUCAAUAAUUUUAAGAUGAUACCAUUUUUUAUGAUGACAGAAUGUUAAACUUUGUAUUUCUCAUCAAAAUAUUGUCACUCGAUCAUAAAAACGAAUACGAAAUAAGCUUUUUUUAAAUUCUACGAAAACGAAAUGUAGACAAUAAAGAUUCAUUAUUUUUGUGUUUAUUCAAAAGUU